CCAUUUAUCCGUGGCCGCAGGCAACCUCAUCAGAAUCGGCGCAGUAGAGCGAGCGGAUGCUCAGGGAAGAGGUCGGAGGACGAGUGGGACAUUCGCGGACUUCUGCGGGGAGGAGGAUGAGCUGGAAUAAUGGCGGAAACAAGGGCCUUCUGUGGAGGCUUCCGGUGGUGAAAUCCAAUAACAUCGGGAAGCUCGGUCCAGGUUUCGGUUUCGGUGCCGGCUGCGGUAUCGGUGCCGGUGUUGGUCUUUUUGGAGGUGCAGGAUUAGGGGCUGGAUUUCCUGGCCUACAAUUUGGUGUUGGAAUUGGUGCUGGAUGUGGAAUAGGCUUUGGUUUUGGUUAUGGCAUGGGAAAAGGAAUUGCAUAUGAUGAGAAUCGAAGAUAUUCAAAUGUUGGAAAGCUAUUUCUGGGAAAUGGAAAUCAUCCGUCUCAUCAAAUUUACAGGGAUCGCAUCGAGACCAUACUCGACGAGAUGUUUGUAAAUACAAAAAGGUUAAUCGAAGCAGCUUCGAAGGAGAUUGAGAAGUGGAAAUGAACUCGAAACUGCCCCUCCUAUUUGUUCCCUCCAUUUUCAUGUCUCAUGUUAGCAUUCUUGUGGAUCAAGACAAACACCCCAAAGCUAUCUUGAUUGUAGUGAUCUUGUACUAGUCAGACAUUUACGUGUAUUGCGCCGCAUUUUCGUCUAUUA